UAGCGAAAGCGUGAGUUAGUGUGUUGCGUCAAGCGCUCUGGGGCGAGCCUUUAAGAAGCUCGAGGUCCAGAAACACACAGCUAUCAAAAAGUAGUUCUGGUAAAAGGUCUUCACGUAGGUGCACAGUCUGAAAUGUCUACCUUUCUUUUCACCGUUGCCGCGAUUCUCCUAACGCUUUUUAUUGUGUGGAUAUGCGGUCACACACGGAAAAGGAAACCGGGGGAGCCUCCGCUGGUGACUGGCUGGCUGCCUUUCAUUGGUGUCACAAAGGAUUAUGUCUCCAAUCCUUUAGGCUUUUUAACAGAGACUCAGAAAAAACAUGGGAAUGUUUUCACAUGUUUGAUUGCUGGGAAGUACUUUACCUUUGUCACAGACCCCUUUUCAUUCUCGUCUGUUGUCCGGCAGGGGAAAAACCUUGAUUUUCAGAAGUUUGCUAUUAAUUUUUCCCAACGGGUCUUUGGACAUGCUGACUUCAACUCUCCCCAGUUGAGUGGAAAUUACAGAGAAAUUCACAGCAUUUUCCGACAGACACUUCAAGGUCCGUCGCUGCAGCAUUUAACCCAGUCCAUGUUGUGCAACCUGCAGACAGUUUUAGAGCGAUGUUUACCUCAUGAACAUGACUGGCUUGAAGAAGGUCUUCAGAGUUUCACCAACCGCAUCAUGUUUGAGGCAGGCUUUCUCACUCUGUUUGGAAAGGAAGACAUAGGAUUUCUUCAGGACCAUGGCAUGUCAGGAAACAGAAUAUCCAUGCCAAAAGCAACACAAGACUUUUUGGUGUUUGAUCAUGCAUUCCCUCUACUGGCUGCAGGAGUUCCCAUUGGUCUGUGUACAAAAGCAUGGCGAGCAAGGGAAGCCUUAGCAGAGGAGCUACUUCAUGAUGAACUUCAUCGGCGGAAAUGUAUUUCAGAUCUGAUUCAGCGCAGAAUGGACAUAUUUGACCGCAUGCUUUUGGACGAAACUGGAAAAGCGCGAACACACGUGUGCAUGCUAUGGGCAUCACAGGCUAAUACUCUGCCAGCAGCCUUCUGGAGCCUGUACUACACACUGAAAUCUGUCGACGCUUUCACUGCUGCACGCACAGAAGUCAACAGGGUUCUGUUGGGUCAAUCAUUAAACAACAAGGAUCAAACAGUCUACCUUUCUAAAGAUCAGUUGGACUCUAUGACUGUAUUAGAAAGUAUUAUAGAGGAAGCUCUCCGUCUGUCUAGUGCCUCCAUGAUGAUACGUGUUGCCAGUGAUGACUUCACUCUGACACUGGAGUCCGAUCAAACAGCUGCUAUAAGAAAAGGAGAUUACAUUGCUCUCUACCCUCAGCUCUUACACUUGGAUCCUGAAAUCUACCCCAACCCCACAGAGUUCAAAUACAACCGCUUUCUGGAUGAGAAUGAUCAACCAAAGACUAAUUUCUUCAAAUCUGGCCGACGACUAAGGAAUUUUUUGAUGCCGUUUGGUUCUGGUGCUAGCGAGUGCCCUGGCCGUUUCUUCGCAGUCUAUGAGAUUAAACUGUUCCUGGCAUUGACACUCUGGCAUUAUGAUCUGCAGCUCCGGGACCCUGAUGUCCCCGUGGUUCAAGACAGUGCCCGUGCAGGCCUGGGUAUAAUGCCACCCUCACAAGAUGUUCUUCUAAGAUUCAGAAAAAAACAGCGAACACCAGGGAAUGAGCAUAAAGAUACAAAAUGAAAGAAGAUCAUAUAGUUACCAAAUUAUGUUUAGCAAAGCAAGGAUAUUUUCACAGUGUUUACCAUAAUAAUUUUUCUCCUGGAUAAAGUUUUAUUUGUUUUAUUUUAGGUAGAAUAUAAGCUGCUAUUAAUAAAAAUAAUAACAUUUUAAGGUCAAUAUUAUUAGCCCCCUUAAGCAAUAUUUUUACUUAACCACUAUUAUGCCAGUGGGGGUUCACGGAAAUCAUGCUCAGUGUAGGGGUCGUGAAUGCUAACCUGCCUAAUUAAUCUAGUUAAGCCUUUAAAUUGCAGAGUAUCUUGAAAUUAUCUUGUCAAUUAUUAUAUACUGUCAUUAUGGCUAAUGAAAAACUAUUCUUUCCAUUAAGCAGAAUUUGAGGAGGGCUAGUAAUUCAGGAAGGCUAAUAAUUCUGACAUCAAUUAUACACAUGGACCAUGAUAUUAUUGCCUAUAGAUAAAAAGUGGAAUGGAAAUCUUUUCUAUUUUAAAUAGUGAUUCAAUUGGUUGUUUCUACAAGACUUUCUUUUAUAACCAAAAUUAUUUUAUUACACAUUUUGCUUAAAUGGGCCUAAUAAUUCAGUUACACAACAAUAUACUGCCUGAAAGCAACUAAAUAAAAUUUUUUUGGAAAAUAUCUGAGUCAGUUACAUUUUCCAUUAACCCUCUGGGGUCAGCAACCAACCAAGAAGGCCCACGCGUUUUAGGGUGUCUUCUCCUAAUAACGCAGAAAAAAACUAAAAUUAUACUUUCAGUUUUGAUCAUACAGAUAAGAGCAAUACAUCAAUCCAAUAAGUCAGGUGUCUACUUCUUUUGUGUACGCUCACAAUAACAACAAUUUACAACUGUGCUUUUGUAAAAUAAGGAAAAUAAACAGUGUAGGCAUUUUCUCUUUUCUAUCGCUGCAAACUAUUUUUAGAAAUGCGUCAAUAAAAUGCACUGAAACAACCCUAGACAU